AUGAGAAAUAAUAAAGACAAAGCUCAAGGCAAUUGUCAGUUGCUGCAUGUGAUUGGAUGCAAUUCCUAG